CUUGCCGGAAGUACAUUGUAGUGUGAUCAGGAAAAACAAGUUGUCAUUCUACAUUGAAGUCUGUCAGCCCUAAUUUUUUACUUUAUCUUCUGUAUAAGAGUCCUGGUCACAGAGCGCCAUGAGUCUGCAGUGGACGGCUGUGGCCACGUUCCUGUAUGCGGAGGUGUUCGCUGUGCUGCUGCUCUGCAUUCCCUUCAUCUCUCCCAAAAGAUGGAACAAGUUCUUCAAGUCCCGUUUUGUCCAAAUGAUCACAUAUUAUGGGAACACUGCUUUCAUGGUGGCCAUCGCUAUCCUAGUGUUCCUGCUUAUUGAUGCAUUCAGAGAGGUGCGUAAGUACAGCGUGAAGGACACUGUAGACCUCUCCGCCAGCCCGGGGGCCCUCGAGCACAUCCACAUGAAGCUCUUCAGGGCCCAGAGGAACGAGUACAUCGCUGGCUUCGCACUGCUCCUCUGCCUGAUUCUGAGGCGCGUGGCCACCCUGCUCUCCCAACAGGCCACUCUGAUGGCGUCUAACGAGGCCUUCAAGAAGCAGGCGGAGGGGGCCAACACCGCCGCCAAGAAGUACAUGGAGGACAACGAGAAACUACAGGAUCAACUGAGGGAGGCGGGUGUGGAGAUCCCCGACGCAGGCUCCAAGCCAGGAGUCAGCCUGAGGGAAGAGAACAAGGGCCUCAAGGAGGAGCUGAAGAAGCACAAGGAUGAGCUGGAGGCCACCAAGAAAGUUCUUCAGAAGUCUGACAGUGAUGUGAAAGCCAUGAAGAAGCAGGCUGAGAACCUCACUGUUGAGUACGACCGUCUGCUGGAGGAACACUCAAAGCUGCAGGCAAGCAUGGAUUCCCAGGACAAGAAGUCCAAUUGAGGAGGAGAAGACGUACCCAACUAUUCAACCUCACCUAACCUCCACUCCCUACCCAACCUCACUUGGUCCACCUCACCUCCCUUCCUGCCCCUCCGCACCCUUUUCCUCCACCGUCUCUCUGCUCAUGAAGGAUUUGAGUGCUCUACAUCACCAUCACCAGGUGGAGGCGCUGUCCUUUCCUCUUCCGCUUGUCACACCUGGUGCACCUGUUUGGAUCCACCUGCGAGACGCAAGGCUCCAUAGCCUGCUGCCUAAAUGGUUCACGCUUUGUGUUAGUUUGUUGAAUUUCUUGGAAUUAUUGUCUUUUUUUUUGUCACGAUAUCUGGUUAAUGCGACACUUAUUUUACACUUAUCAUUAUCAUCACAUUCCUCUUUUUAUGUAAACACUUUUGAAUAUUUCAUUUUCUGAAUGUUUUAAGCAUGCUUUAUUUUGUGUUUGUUUUGAUAUAUUCCCUCCUCUCGAUUGGGGCAAGUGUUCCAAAGCCUUGUGACGUUCCACGAUUGAUAUGGGCCUGUAGGACCAAACAUGGGCACUAUGCUACAGGUACUCCCAUAGAAUGUACAAAACAACCCUGUCAUCUGUAGAUACGGGGGGGACGAAACAGAAAAUAUAGGAUUUGAUUCAUUUCUUUGUUUACAACAUACAGUACUUUCCUGUGUUAUCUACGGUAAUUAUUGGUUCCAAAGGAAAAAAAUACAUUUGUGAGUCUUUGAGAAUUAUUUAGCACUUGGAUCUCAGAUCCCAUGCGUCGAUAAUACAGUACAUCUCCACCUUGAUUUUCCAUUGUUCAUGCUAAUCCCUUAGGAAAUGUGAAAAAAAGAAUGCUGCGUUUGAUCUGUUGGCAGGUUGAGGUGCUCAUUCCGUCUCCUCGCUCACACCUCACCUUCACGAUUCGAUUAAAGGUAAAGAACGUGCUGCACGAUGGGAUACCGUGGCACUGGCAGCAGCAGCGACGGUGGCAGCCGGUUAGGUCUGGAUCUCGAUGUGCCCAAUGUGGAGGCUUGCGUUAUAUGAUCCAAGGCCCCCCACCAUACUGUAACCUACACAGGGAGGGUGCAAACGUACAGUGGCCACCCUGAGCUGUGGUGGUGGGCAUUGGGCAACCUGCCUUUGGUGACACAACCACAGGGUUGGGUUUCAAAACACUGCCAGGGCCCUGCAGGCUAGCCGACAAGCGGCCGCCUUGUCUUACAACCCUCACCGGGUCGCUAUGACAAGACACUGUAGAUGUACAAUUCUGCAGUCCAUAAUGUCCAUUGUCUUUUUUUCGCUCUCUCUUCUGCUCACUUGCUCACUCUCUCUGUCUUCAAAGUCUCUUUAGGCAGAAGCAUGCCUAAACACCUUGCCACUUGUUUCAGUGCAACUGUAUGCAGCUUUCCUUGAAAUAAGCCAUCUGCAUGUGUUAGUCCAGUGCCUCACAGGCUCAUGUCUGUCUCUUAGCUGGUAGCUGGCAUGGGGGCAUGUUGUGCCGGGGAAUCUCCCCAAACACAAUCCCAAGGAUGUCAGGGGGUGGCUUGUCACCUCUCAGUUUGUCCCAGUCAGUUACUGUUCAGCAGGGGAUCUCGGAGCAUGGCUACAGCAUGCUGGCCCGGCUCACACUGGCACUGUGUUGGGGCAAGCAGUGUUACCCCUGAACAGCCAUCCACCAUCCCCCAUCCCCGAGCUGAUCCACAUAAUGACAUCAUGCAUUGUGGCACCUGGUAUAAAUAGGCACCUGCAGAGGAAAGCCAAGGCAAAGCAGAGCCUUCCCUCUCCCCUGUUACUCUGCUCCCCUGUGCCAGGCUGUGGGGGUGGGUGUGAGGGCAGCUGUUGUCUGCCAGGGGGAUAUAAGAAACUGUCUGCAUCCGGAUGGGACAAUGUCAAACUCUAUUGUGUGUGU